AUGAUCAAACUACUUUAAUUUGAUAUAGAAAUAGCUCUCUAGACAAGAAAAUAUUUUUAGAAUAAAGACUUUCUAUCUAUUUGUAAAAAUAGCACUGAUAGACAAGAUUGGUUUUCUAAGGAAAAUUUAAAAAUUAAACUAUUUCAAACUUAUUAUGCUUACUAUGUUACUGAUCUAUAACAAUUAGAAAAUUCUUAAAAUUAGAUUUAAUCAAUAUUAAGAAAAUAAAACAUCUAAGUUCUUAAGAACCAUUAAAGAUAAAUUAAUUAAUAAUACAUGAUAUAUGAAAAUGUAUUUGAUAAAGCAUUUGUUUAUACAUAAAAGAACAAUAUCAAUAUUUACAAUAAAAAGAGUAAAGGAAAUCACUCAUUUUGA